AUGAGGGAUGAAGUGAGGAAAAAUACAACCCCAAGAACAGUGAUUAUUGGAGGAAAAGCAUUUGCAACAUAUACAAAUGCACAAAGGAUUGUUAAACUUGUGAAUGAUGUUGGUGCUGUGGUAAAUACUGAUCCACAGGUCAACAACUAUUUGAAGGUUGUGUUUGUCCCGAAUUACAAUGUAUCUGUUGUGGAGAUGCUUAUUCCAGGAAGUGAGUUAUCGCAGCACAUAAGCACAUCAGGAAUGGAAGCAAGUGGAACGAGCAACAUGAAAUUUUCUCUUAAUGGAUGUCUAAUAAUAGGGACACUUGAUGGAGCUAAUGUUGAAAUAAGAGAAGAGAUUGGAGAUGAGAAUUUCUUUCUGUCUGGCGCAACUGCUAAGUCAAGAUUUUAG